UAAAAAUGUUCAAAAUGGUAGGGAUUUAGACACACAAUAUCUUCUAUUUUUAAGAUUGGAUGUGAUAAAAAUGUCAUUUCUUGGCUUACUACGAAGUAAGAACACUCUGUUCUUCAAAGUCCGUUACCUUGGUAGCUUGAAACGUGCAAUUUUACCUGUUUUAAACUCCCAAAACGUACCCUCCAUUUUAGCACAUUGCUACAACUCUUCAAACCUCACCAACGACAGAGAAGUGCAGCAGGGUAGUAAGGAAGUUUUGUACAGGUAUAAAUGGAUAAAACAAUUAAGAAUGGUAUCAAGAGUGAAAAUUCUACAUUGUCUAAUCGUGAGUGGGCUUACAGGACCAAUGUGUGUUUGGUAUGGUAAUGGUAUUAUCAAUGGAAAUGUGCUAUUUGCAACAAUCUUUGCUGCAACAGCUUCUACUAUUGGCCUAUUUGCACUCAGUUAUUUCUUUAGACGAGUCAUUGGAGAACUAUCUUACGAUAAAGUAAAUGACCAAGUGACAAUAUCAUCUUUAACAUUCUGGGGUAAUCGUCGAAAUACUGAAAUCCCAUCGAGUGCCCUUGUUCCCAUGACUGACCAUGGAUUUAGUGACAAGAAUUUGUUCCAUAGGGUGGAGAGAUAUGAGAAUGACUUUGUUUUCUUAUUAAACCUACGACACGGAAAGAUUUAUAACUAUGACAGAUUGCUAGAAGUGUUAGGAUUACAUGAAGAACUUCAUGAAAGACACAGGUUACCCAACCAGGAAAGGUUGUGAAUGGUAAAGUGUUGGUG